AGGGAGCUAGCGUACCAGAUAGCCGAGCAGUUCCGCGUCCUGGGGAAGCCCCUCGGCCUGAAGGACUGCGUGGUGGUGGGCGGCCUGGACAUGGUGGCACAGGCACUGGAGCUCUCCCGUAAACCCCACGUUGUCAUCGCUACGCCCGGCAGGCUGGCAGAUCACCUCCGCAGUUCCAACACUUUCAGCCUUAAAAAACUAAAGUUCUUGGUUUUGGAUGAAGCUGACCGGUUGUUGGAGCAGGGCUCUGCUGACUUCACCGCGGACCUGGAGGUGAUUCUAGAGGCUGUUCCGGCACGCAGACAAACGUUGCUGUUCAGCGCCACGCUAACCGAUACGCUGAAAGAGCUGAAGAGCCUGGCCUCAAACAGACCAUUCUUCUGGGAGGCUGUGUCCGAGGUGCGGACAGUGGAUGAAUUGGACCAACGCUACUUACUUGUGCCCGAAGCAAUCAAGGAUGCGUACCUUGUCCAUUUAAUUCAGACCUUUCAUGACGAGCACAGCGACUGGGCUAUUAUUAUCUUUACCAAAACCUGCAAGGACUGCCAGGUGUUGAACAUGAUGCUUAAGAAAUACAACUUCCCUUCUGUAGCUCUGCAUUCCAUGAUGAAACAGCGGCAACGAUUUGCAGCUUUAGCAAAGUUCAAGUCCAGCAUCUUUAAGAUUCUCAUUGCCACUGAUGUUGCUGCCAGAACACCUCUGAGCGGUGUUUUGGAGCCCGCUUUUGUCAUCAAUCACAACACUCCCGGCCUGCCGAAAAUCUACAUUCACCGGGUUGGCCGGACAGCCCGUGCAGGUCGGAAAGGAAUAGCUAUUACACUGGUGACGCAGUACGACAUCCAUCUCGUACAUGCUAUUGAGGAGGAAAUCAAACUGAAACUGCAGGAGUACUCUGUGGAGGAGCAGUCUGUGCUUGACAUCCUCACCCAAGUGAACGUCACCAGGAGGCAGUGUGAAAUAGAGCUGGAGGGAACGGAUUUUGAUGAGAAGAAAGAAAUAAAUAAGCGGAAACAAAUGAUCCUUGAAGGGAAGGAUCCAGAUCUGGAAGCAAAAAGGAAGGCAGAGCUAGCCAAGAUCAGGAAGAAAAACAAGCAAUGCCGUGAGAAGAUCCAGCAGACGCUGCAGAAGAAAAAGCAACUGCAGCUGAAGAGGAAACUGCAGAGGAAGAUGGAGCGGCGGAACAAACUGCAUGCUACAGAAGAGAAAUAA